AUGUUUAUAUAUUUAUUUAGCCGGGAUAUAAACCAGUCGCUUUAGCGUCUUGCUAGAAGAAGAAUCCUGAAAAAGAUGAUUAAACGCAGUGCUUUUUUCCUGAUAACUAUUGCCCUCUCCAUGAACUUGAUCGCCGGUGAAGAAUUUGGCUUCAAACCGGACUGCAUAACAAUAGUUGAAGGAGGAGCGGGCGUUAAAUCUACUGUAAAAAUUGGAACAUUUUUAACAGAUGUUCUAGUCUGUACAGUUCAAGUACCAUCCUCUUCGGUUAGUUUAUCCUCCCAACUAUUAAUAUUCACUUCCGGCAAUCGUCAAAAGACUUUGUCUUUUACUGCCACAAAAGGUACUGUACCAGAUGGCAAGGAUUCUAUUACCAUAGAAGUCAAGUUACAAUGUCCAACAAACGAAUUGCUUGAACCAAUUGAAAAUACGGUGUUGAAGCUUGUCAUAAAAAAGGAAGGUGAUAGUGCUGAAAAAGAUCCUCAUUUAACACAACUUGUCAAAGGAAUGGAUGAAUCCUCUAGUAGAGUACGCAAGAACAUCUGCUACGACUUAUACGGAAACGCUGGAGAUCAAUUUGAAAUUAUUUCCGAUCGAAUUCUUGAAUCUGCGGUUGUGUUAGAGCUUCGAGACGAUUUCUACAUAGGGAAGGUACUCUUGCAAACUCCAUUGGGAUUUCUAAAUAUUACAACCAGCAGUAUCUUUGUACCGCCUCGUAGAAGGUUUCGAUGGCAAGUAGCCGAAGAUUUCUCUUUGAAUAAUCAGCGAAAUAGUUUCAAGAUAGAUUUUGAAAUAAGGGAUGAGUACGUAAUGAUUGGAAUUAAGAGAGGGGAAAGAAGUUUGAAUGUUAGAGUUCUAAAGGUCCAUCAAAAUAUUGGUAAAAACUACUUGAAUAUCAUGAUUGAUCAAUCAACAUCAAAAGGUCAAGAACUUGAUAAAUAUCAUGGCGGAUUAUUUGGAGAAAUAUCAAAUAAACAAUAUCGUUUCUACGAUCCCGUACAAAAAGAUGAACAUACAGCAGUAGUAAAGAUUAAUAAUAGAUUAGUAAAAUCCAUAUUUAGAGAAAGGAAUUUUAAUGAAGAUCAAACAUGCUACUUUAUGAACAUGAACGAUAUACUCUAUCCAAAGAGCAUAGAGAUGUUUAAAAGAAUGAUAAAUUAA